AGAAGAGGAAGAAGAAGAGGAAGAAGAGGAAAAAGAAGUAAGUCAGCCAUCUUCCAAAUCACGCAACAAACGCAAGAAACCUCAAGUGAUUGAAAGCGAUAUUGAUGAAGAAGAAUUCGAUUCUGACCUGGAAGUCUUACGAAACCAACCCAUGACAAAACGACAACGUGCCAAACACAACAAAGAAGAACCCGAGGAGUACUUGGAAUUACCUAUGGACACUGGAAAGAAACGUCAUUUGACGGAAGAAGAAGCUGCUUUACGGAAAUCUGAAGUAGCUCGUCGACGCAAGAAUCAAAGCAUUCAACGUGCCGAAAAAGAUAAGCAAGAUACUAUCAACCGAUUACUCAAGAAACAAGCAUCAAAAAGCAAAAAGAAUAUCAAGGAUGAUGGUACCACUGAUGAUCAAACACCAGCAGAUCGACUUCAACAACUACAAGAUCCUCAUCGCAUACAUUAUGUACAAAAUCAACAAGGUAGCACCUUAAACAUUCCUGAAAAGUAUACGAUCGAUCAAGUAUUUGCACAAGAUCAAAAUCAUACCAACAAGGAUAAUUCAAGGAUCACUCAGUGUCAAGUGGAAGGUUGUCAAGGCGCAAGAAAAUAUGUAGCAAAAAACACUGGAAAAGUGGCAUGUUCUUAUGAUCAUUACAAGUUAGUUGCAGCUUAGUUUUAGGUCACUCUCUUUUUUAUUCACCUGUAUAUAUCAUCAUCUUUAUUUUUCUCCCCUUUCUAUUAAAUAAAUCAUUGUCAAAAUAGUAAUAAAUCAAAAAUACUUUAUU